AUGUCGGCCACACUGCUAGUUGCCGGCGGCCUCGGCCACAGUGCGCUGUCGCGUGCAUCCAUACAGGAGUCUUUAUGGCGAUCAUGGAUAUGGAUUGCAGAUCCAGAUGGUGGUGAGUCGGCCCAUGAAGGCGGCCACGUCGUGGGAGUGGUGGUGUCGAUUGGCGGCAUGCUCAUCUUCGCCUUGCUGCUGUCGUUGAUCACCUCCUCUUUUGAAGAGUUCCUUUGGCACUUGCGGCAUGGCUCCAUCCCGGUGGUGGAAGGUGACCACAUCGUGAUACUGGGGUACGACUCCUCGGCCGCCAUCAUGAUCGAGGAACAGCAACAUAGCUUGGGCUUGCGAUCAUGGAGUUGCACCUGCAGCAAAUGA